UUGGAAAAGUGAAAGAGUUUCGGUAAAAACUGAAAGUUCUCAAGAGGCGUUGGAUAAAGAAAACCUAAUCCAAGAUGAGCCAGCGCACUAAAUUCAUUAUAAAUACUUCCGUGGAAUACUUCUCUGCCCGAUUGCCGGGUGUAGAACUGGACGAACAAACGGCCAUGAUCCUGGAGUUUCUGGAACAGGAGGAGCAAACGGUCAUCUCGGCGGUGCACAGUAAAUCUGAUGGCAAAAUCCGAUUCCACCAUCGCAUACCCAAUGAGGAGCUCUGCCUGCUUUUCUACAAGGUGCCGCAGGUGGGACAGAAUCACAGGGAAGGUGCUGAGCCCCUGCUGGGCAUUUUAACUCUAGAAGGGGGCCUGGUCAAGUCGAUUUACAAUUCCGUUUCUCGGGUAUUCUCGCCCUCUGCCAACUCAGCCCAUCGCAGCGAAUAUGGGCCCGAGCUGAGUGGAAUUCUGGAAAACUUGCACCAGAACUUGGGCUCUAGUUUGGGAUUGCCACAGAGCGGCAUUACAAGUCUGCGAGAUGAGAUAAAACAUUGGAAACAGAAACUGGGCCAAAAGUCCAGUUCCCGUUUGGACCGAGAGGCAGCUCAAGUAUUCAUUGGCGUCUUGGAGAAUAUAGAGAAACAAAUCAGCACUAUUGACGGAACCAAUCCGAGUGGUACAAUAGAGGACUUUCUCGACCAUGCCCACAACAACUUGGAUGAAUUGUGGCGCCUUCCCUACAAUUAUCCGCAGCAGCGGAUGAGUGAUCUCCUGGACAUCAUUGGCAAGCGGCUGUUGGAGGUCUGUCUGACCCAAUUGCUGGCCGAGGACAUCUGGAGUCUGAACUCGAGCCACGUCAACAAUCUGAUGGGUCAGAGCAUCGACACGGUGGACGCGUGGAUCCAGCUCUGCGACUCCCUCACCCGGCUCUUCUGGCCAAACUACGUGAAGCACCCCUGGUUGGGUGAUCCACAUUUGCCCAAAAGGGGACAGCAAUUUAAGGAGCGACUCAGCGAGAUCCGAAGCAUCAAAAACCUCUACAAACAGAUUGCCACGUUGCUCGAUGAUGCCGAGCUGCAAGAAAUGUUCCAAGAGCAGGCUCCUUUCACAGAUUUUAACAUCUUCGACACAUCCUCGCUGGGGCAGACAAAGUGGCACAAGGCCCUGCAGCACUUUGAGCUGGUCCUUCAGCCGAUCGACGAGCGUAUUGCCGCCGCCCUCAAGGCUCAAUUGCAUAACCACCUGAGCAAUCCGCGGCAGGUGAUCUUCAUAUUCUCCAAAUACGAGACCCUCAUCCAGAGACCAGCUGUUCUGGAAUUGCUGACCAUCGAAAGGGAGCAGUUUCUGCAAUCGCUGCACAUCCUUUUGCAGGACUUGCGCAAGGCCAUGGUAGACUCAAACAUGGAACCGGAUACGGGUCACCUGUCAGUGAUCUGCAAUGAGUGCCGCUGGCUGAAGGUGGUGCAGCAUCAGAUCCAGGAGAUCGAGAAGGUCAGUCAUUUGAUAAGUGGACGCGAGGGCUUCGACAAGAUCAACAAGGCGGUGCAGGAAAUCAAGGAGGAGACCGAAUCCCUGCUGCGCACCAACUUUGAGAUUUGGUCAGGACAGUGCUCCACGGCAGUGAAAAGCGGCGAGUUGCGACUUCGCGACGAUCAGGCGGUUGUGAAGUUCGAAAAGGAGGGUCGCCAACUGAUGCGUGUGACCUUUAACCCCAAGCUGGUGACCUUCUGCCAGGAUGUGCGCGAGUUCGAGAAUCUUGGCUAUAAUGUUCCCCUGGAACUGCGAGCAGCUGCCACCCACGCCGCCAAAUACAUGUGCUAUGCCCGACGACUGCAGCAGAUCGCCACGUUCCACAACACAAUUGGGGAUCGGAUGAUUCCCUGCCAGCGGCCCAUAAUGCUGAAGAAUGCCUUGGAGCUGCAGCGUUUAGUCCAGAGUGAAACUGUCGCCUGGCAGGACGAAUCAUCCGUCCAGCGCUACGUGGAUAUCCUGCAGGCAGCCGUUUCCAGACUCUCCACGGACAAUACGCUCCUCGUGGGAUAUCAUGAGCAGGCCAAGAGAACGGUCAUGAAACUCAUGUCCACCGAUCUGUUUACCCAAAACCAAAUCUGGAAGGACGAACUGCGACAUCUUCGCGAACUGGUGGCCACUCUGGAGCGUCAGGGUUACACGCACUUGGAUGCCUUCAAGCUGCACUGGGAUCACCAACUGUACAAAGUGCUGGAAUACCAGUAUAUCCUCGGAUUACUUGACAUGAACAACAAGCUACCAGACAUUCAUGUAAAGCUGAUUUUGCGACAAAGAGAACUCAUCUACAAUCCCCCGGAGGAGGAGAUUCGGGACUUGUACUUCAGUCAGCUGAGACGCUUUAUCGAGAGACCCUGUAACUUCCACGGUCUGUCGGAACACAGUCAAGAGCUCUUCAAAUCGAUGGUCACUGUAAACCGCCAUCACUUUGGACCACUUUACCAAAGGGCAGCUGAAUUGUUUGAUAAGCUGGAGGACUUUAAGACCAUUUGGUUGCCCUGGAUCGCUUUGGGAUGUGUGGAUGUGGAGCAACUGUGUGGGAUUCAUCUAAACGAAGCCGGGGAUUGGGAUCGAAAUUUCAGGGCCUGCAAACACUUCAGUCAGCAGUUUGCGAAACUUCAGCAGGCAGAGGAGUCCAUCGACUGCAUAGUGAUCAAUGUCCUGCCCCUGAGAUCGGACAUAGAACUCAUCAGCAGACGCUAUUGGGAGGCUCUGGCCAACAGCUUGAGAACGGCCAUCCUCACGGAUGUGAGUUUGAUCCUGGAAUUCCUGCAGAGUGCCCUGCAGUUCCUCCAAAACGUGCCCAUGGAUGAGGGCAGCAUUAGUCAAUCGGGAAUGAAGUACGAAAAGAUAAUGACUGAGCUGCCACAGAUCGAAAAAACUUUGGAGGCGGUGAAGGAAAAGGAUGCCUGUCUCGCAGGUUGGUGCAAGGAAAGAGUCACCGCUCUUUCGGGAAUUCUGCAGCAAUGGGAGCAGUUGCAACCCCUUCUCGAAAAUCAUGCAGUUAUCCUCCAGCGACAAGUGGACAUGAUCAAAAACCAGGCAGAGAGUCAACUGCAAAAUCUGAAAAACGAGGCGGAAAAAUUCUUACUAAGAUGGGAAUCCACCAUAGCCGAACUGGAGGCCAACGAGCACUCCACUCUGGAGGUUUUCAAGGAGCGCAAACUCCACUGGCAGCAGUUGCAGGAAAAGAAACAACAACUUCUAGAAGAGUGCUCCAAAUUUAAUAUGGAAUUCCCAUCGGAAAUGCUUAUUCCAUUCAAAGAAAUCGAAGAGCAAAUGGAGCAGCAAUCGAAACAAUGGCAGGUCUAUGAUGGAUUCCUCACCGAGCUGCAGCCUAUACUUCAGGAGGAGUGGGCUAUUUACCGGCGACGUCCCUAUGUCCUGAACGAAUUUAUUGGUAAGUGGGAGGGCUCCAUCCACGCUUCGAUUGAUCUGCCCUCCAAGCGAAUCCGUCAACAGGUGGAGCGAUUUCAAUCGGCACUGCCUAUCCUACAGCAACUCCAAUCGGACUCCUUGAGUGAACGCCACUGGGCCAGAAUAUUUCAGCUGCUUAAUCACAAGAAUCCCAAGCCACUGCACUCCAUAAUCCUUCAGGAUAUCUUGGAGGACUUUGAUGCCCUGCAAUUGGCUGCCCAAGAGAUCGGCAAUAUAGUCAGACAGGCUUCGAGUGAACAGAUUGUGAGACAGGCUCUAAUCGAGCUGGAUCAGUGGUCAGUCACAGCACAAUUGAAAUUAAUCACUAGGACGGAUGCCUCGGGUCAGAGUGUCUCCCUGAUCAAGGACUACCAGGAGGUGCUCAACAAGAUCGGGGACAACCAAUCCUUGUUGCAAUCCGCCAAGAACUCAGCUGCUUUCGAUAGCUUUUCAGAUCAGGCGGAGCUUUGGGAAAGUCGUCUCAACACGUUGGACGCACUUCUUAGCAGCUUGAAUCACUCCCAGCGUCGUUGGGUUUACUUGGAGCCUGUCUUCGGAUCUGGAACCCUGCAACAGGAGCAGGCACUUUUCAAGCGCAUCGACAAGGACUUUCGUUUCGUGAUGCGGGAAAUUGAAAUGGAUCCGCGGGUCACUUCGCUGACGAAGAUAAACAACAUCAGCACCAUUGUCAAUGCACUGGAGACCCAAUUGGCCAGGUGCCAGCAAAACCUGAUGAGCUACAUAACAGACAAGCGCAACUCCUUUCCCCGCUUCUACUUCCUGGGCGAUGAUGAUCUACUAGAGCUGCUUGGACAGGCCAGCAAGGAUGCGGAUGUCAUUCAGCGACACAUCCGCAAACUGUUCCCCGGCUGCCACAGCCUCAGCAUCCGGCAGGUGCCCCCUAAUCCUGCCUCAUCCUCCGAUGUCAAUCAGUACAGCAUUAUGGCCGUGCACAGUGCCGAGGGCGAUGAGCUCAAACUAAGCCAGCCCGUUGAGAUGAAGGGCGACAUCGAGCGCUGGCUUAAUCAACUGGUGACGGUGGUGCAGGACACUCUACGUGAUCAGAUCUACGAGUGCUUCACCAGCACCACCGGCGGAAGUGAUAACCUCAGUGAGAAGAUCCUCAAAAACUAUGCCAGCCAGGUGUUGGCCACGGCCCGAGCCCUCCACUUCACCCGCCAGACGGAGCAGGCCAUCGGUGGCAUGUCCUUGGGAAAACUGCAGCAACAGUUAAAGGAUGAAAUCACCCAUUUGGCCGCCCUGAAACACAAAUCCCAAAACGGAACCCUGAUAAGUCUCAAGUUAAGAGCCCUCCUCCUCGACUUAGUGCACUACUCCAGUGUGGUGGAGCAGCUCCAGAAACACAAUGUGGUCCACACCAGCGACUGGCACUGGCUGUGUCAACUCAGAUAUUACCAUGGAAAGAUGGGCGGCACAUCGGGCGGCGUUAAUACCAAUCGACAAGUUUACGUCCGCAUGGUUUAUGCCGAAUUUGAAUACGCCUACGAGUUCCUGGGCCAGGCCAGCAAGUUGGUCCACACGCGACUCACCCACCGCUGCUAUCUCAUCCUCACCCAGGCCAUGCACAUGGGUCUGGGGGGUAAUCCCUUUGGUCCGGCCGGCACCGGAAAGACCGAGUGCGUCAAGGCCCUGGGGGCCAUGUUGGGCCGCUUGGUGUUGGUUUUCAAUUGCGACGAGAAUGUGGACACCGAGUCCAUGAGCCUCAUCCUCACUGGGCUGGCCCGCUGCGGGGCAUGGGGCUGCUUUGACGAGUUCAACCGGCUGCAGGAGGCCACUCUGUCGUCCAUCUCCAUGCUGAUCCAGCCCAUCCAGAGCGCCCUGAAGGAGCGGGCAAACAGCGUCCAGAUUGGCGAGCGACAGGUCCAACUCAACCAGCACUGUGGCAUAUUUGUCACCUUGAAUCCGGCUGGUGCGGAGUACGGUGGUCGUCAAAAGCUGCCCGGCAACAUUCAGGCUCUAUUCCGACCUAUUGUUAUGCAGCAGCCGGAGCCCGGGGAAAUCGCCCGGGUUAUGCUCUUUGUCGAGGGCUUCUCCGAAGCCUCCUCCAUUGCAUCCCGCAUCGUGGAGCUGUUCGAUUUAUGCGGCAAAAUGCUAUCCGCCCAGCGGCACUACGACUGGGGACUCCGAGAGUUAAAGACAGUACUUCUGGUGUGCGGUGAGGGUUUGAGGGGGCAAUUAACCGACGAAGGAAACACCGAUGCCAACAAAGAGAUGUCUGUGGUGGUGCGAUGCUUGCGCUCGUCCACCAUGUCCAAGUUGGCCCCUCAUGAUGUCAGUCGAUUUGAGAUGCUGCUGCGGAAUGUUUUCCCGGAGAUUGGCAGUUCGCCGGCGCCAGAAACCCAGCUCCAUCAAUCUCUAUCCGCCGCCUUUGUACAACUGGGACUGUGCCGCAGCGAGAGGCAAAUUGAAAAGGCCCUGCAACUGCACGAGCAGCUCCAAAAACGGAUGGGAGUGGUGUUGGUGGGGCCGCCAGGAUGCGGAAAGUCCACCGUCAUGGCCCUCCUUAAACAGGCUCUGAGUGGAGCCCAACUGAGAGUGCACACCAUCAGUCCGAAGUCCAUGAGUCGCGUCCAAUUGCUGGGUCGCCUGGAUGCCGAUACCCGUCAGUGGCAGGACGGAGUACUCACCCACACGGCGGUGGCGGUCAAUCAGGAGCCAUCCCAAGUCCACUCGUGGAUCGUUUGCGAUGGCAGCAUAGAUCCCGAGUGGAUAGAGGCACUCAACUCUGUUCUGGACGAUAACAAGCUUCUGACUUUGCCGUCCGGCUGGAGGAUUCAAUUUGGAAGCAAUGUCAACUUUAUUUUCGAAACAGACGAUGUGCGACAUGCCUCACCGGCAACAAUUUCCAGGAUGGGUAUUGUGAACAUGAGCUUCGAUUACUAUCCUGCCAAAGAGAUACUUAAACAUGAGCUAUCAAAGGAACCGUAUGGCGAUCUAUUGCAGAAUUACGUGGAUGGCAAUUUUCACUAUGCUGUGGAAUGGCUGGACAGUCAACUCUUAUUAAGUCAUCUACCCGGAAUUAAUCGUGCCCACCUCAUUCGCUCGCUUCUGUUACAACUCCAUGGCUCCCAAUCUCUAGAGGAAUAUGGGGCAGCUACUCUUCGUGCAUUUUUUGGUUACAUACCCAACGAACGGCAGCGGGAGUUUGCCCAGAUGAUAUUAAAACGCGCUAAUCUCUACAUAGCCAAUCCUAACUACGCUGAACUGACUUACUAUGAUAGCCGAAGAAAUUCCCUUGAGCAAUACCCAGUGGAUGCGAUGGAGAUACCAGAGAAAGGCUCUCAAUUAAUAAUUACAUCCUACAUGAAAUCGUAUUUGGACAUAUUAGAAACCCUCCUGAAAACUCAGGGCAAUAGAGUUGCGCCCUUUAUGUUGAUAGGUCCAAGUGGCUCGGGAAAAACCCUGCUCCUUCAAAGAGCAGUGCUGGAGAACUCUGGCUACCAAUUGGCUACCAUUAAUUGUUCCACUCAACUCACUCCCAGUUACAUUUUGCACACUUUAAGGACGCACUGCGUCACUGUAAGUGGAAUCAAGGGGAGAGAGUACCGACCGAAACAAGCGAGAUUAGUGCUCUUUAUGAAAAACUUGGACCUCUGCCAGCAGGAUUCUUGGGGAGCCUGUGAAGUGGUCGAGCUACUGCUUCAACUGGCUCAACGAGGUGGCUUUUACGCGGAGAAUCUCGAAUGGAUUGGCGUUGGCGGGUUGCAAAUAUGCGCCUCCAUUAGCGGAAAUCCUGGAAAAAUCGCACCGCGCUACUUUGCCAUCAAUCAGUUUGUGCGAGUUUCACGACCCACCAGCCAGGAUAUGCUGGAAAUCGUCCAACGGCGAUUGGAACCUCUUUUGGAGGAGCACUUCAGGGGUUUAGCCAAUCGAGGAGGAUACGGGGUCAAUUUGCAGCACGUCAGCGAGAGUCUGAUGGAGUGUUUCGAGAAGCUGCAGGCGACUUUCACCACUGCGGGAGGCAGGCAGGCUCACUACCAGUUCAGCCCCAAAUGCAUCAUGAAGCUGCUGGACUCCCUUGUCUUCUUUCCCGCCACUGAUUUUAACGAGGCUCUCUACUGCGAGCUUUUAGGCAUGUUCCGCGAUAGAUUGAUUAGCGAAGAGCAUGUCCAGCAGUUCGAGGCUAUACUCAAGCAAACGAUGCGCAAAUACUACGGCAAGGAGAAAGUAUUUUUCGUGCCCAAGUCGCCAAAGUCGCAGGGUCAACUCCAUUGCCUAACCCAUGACGAAUGGUUGGAGGAAGUUCAGAGACAGGUGACCAUUUGCAAUACCGAAAGCUACACCAUCUCGGCUCCCAUCACAGAAGAGCUCCUUAAUAACACUGCUAGAAUAACAAGAGUUCUAUCACGAACCGAUGCCCACAUGCUUAUUUUGGGGCAAUCUGGUGGAAGACACCUGGAUGCCAUUUACACGGCGGCCACUUUUCUGGAGGCCAAGGUGCUAACUCUUCAAGGGGGACCCUCCUACGAUCUCUCCGAGUUCUACAACGAUCUUAAAGUGGCCAUGCAGACGGCUGCCUUGGAGCAGCAGAUGAGCUACUUGCUCAUCGAGCAUUGCUGGCUGACUUAUGUGCCGGAUAUUUUGAAACCCAUAGAAGCCCUGCUCGAGGGAAGCGAAAUCUUGGAGCUUUUCGGCGAUGAUCUAGAGACGGUGGCCAGUACUCUAAAGCAAGCGGCACAGCUGGAGGGAUACCAAGAAUCUCUGGGGACAUACUUUAUGAAGCGUGCCCGUGAGAAUCUUCACAUCAUUCUAGUCCUGGAUCCCAGUAGCUCCAAGGUGCAGGACUACUUCAACAAUUUCCCUGCCCUGCAUCGUCAGAUGGAUUUGCUGUAUAUUAGAGCAGAAUCCAGGGAAACCCUCGCCAACUUGCCCAAACAAUAUAUCGAAUUGUUAAACGAGUCAGUGGCAGGCGGCGGAAAUGGGCGUGGCAAGGUGCCCGCCUGCAGUCACUUCGCGGACAUAUCGGAUGAAUUGCCUUCAGAUCAGCCAUCCCAAAGAUAUUACCAACUCAUCUGCAGCUAUUUCCACAUGUACAGCAAUGAGGCCAAUGAAAUCGACCAGAGACUGGGCAAACUGCAAAUGGGAGUGGACAAACUGGCCUCGGCUCACGCCUUAGUGGAUACCCUAAAGUCCAAUGCAGCAGCUCAGGAACAAGCAUUGGGCGAAAAGCGACAACUAGCUAAUGAAGCUCUGGAAAUGAUAUCAUCCACAAUGAGAAAUGCCAAUGAACAAAAAUCCAGCAUGCUGGAACUGAAACAACAGACGCAAAAGAGCAGCGAACAGUUGAAAGUCAGACAAAAGGAAAUCCAACAGGAAUUGGCAGAAGUGGAACCGAUUUUGGCUGAAGCCAGUAAUGCAGUGGGUCAGAUCAAAUCGGAAGCUCUAUCCGAAAUCAGAUCUUUGCGGGCUCCGCCAGAGGCUGUGAGGGAUAUUUUGGAGGGCGUGCUGCGAUUAAUGGGCAUCCGAGACACUUCCUGGAACAGCAUGAAGACAUUUUUGGCCAAGAGGGGUGUAAAAGAGGAUAUAAGAUCAUUGGAUCCAGCUCGAAUUAGUCCGGAAAACUGCGAAGCCGUGGAAAGAUUACUCAAGGCCAAAGGUGAUUCCUAUGAGUCCAAGAACGCGAAACGUGCCUCGGCAGCAGCUGCUCCGUUGGCCGCUUGGGUGCAGGCAAGUGUUCGAUAUUCCCGGGUGAUCCAGAGCAUCAAGCCCCUCGAACGGGAGCAGAAUGAAUUGCAGAAGAAUCUGAAUGCUGCCGAGGACGAAAUGCAAGAGUUGGCCAGUGGACUGGACGAUGUGGAUAAGAGGGUUAAGCAGCUGUCGGCCAAGUUGCAGACCUACACCCAAGAAGCAGCGGUGCUGGAGCUGAAACUCCAGGAGGCCAGUGGAACCUUGCAGGCGGCAGAGCUCUUGGUGGGUAAACUAAGCGCGGAAUAUGCCACCUGGAGUGAUCAGUUGGCGGAGCUAAAGAAGGCCCACAAGACACUGGAUGGUAAGACCCUAUUGAUAGCCAUGGCUGUUAAUUACUAUGCGGGAUUGGGCCUGGAACAGAGAAGUUCUUCCCUUAAACGCCUUUCGGAGGACUUCCAUCUGCCCUCCAACUUCGAUCUCCGCGGAUCGCUGCUUACGGAGCAACAGCAGAUUAUUUGGGAGAGUCAGGGACUAGCACGCGAUGCCCAAAUCAUCGAGAGUGCUGCUCUUCUUAGGGAGAUACUAUCUCUACCCUAUGGAGCCUGUCCUAUUCCCCUACUUUUGGAUCCCACACAAACAGCAGCCGAGUGGCUGAUGGCCCAUCUCAAAGGAAGCGGUAGAGCCUGCGAGUUGACCACCCACGGAAAUGAAAGGUUAUCCUAUCAGUUAGAACUAGCAGUACGUUUUGGAAAGACUCUAUUGGUCACCGAUUGCGAGCAACUGCGUCCUCCAAUCUUGCAACUCCUCCAGGGUCAUAUUUAUGUGAGAUUCAACAAGCGACAAUUAGCCAUUGGCUCGAAGUUGGUGGAUCUCCACGAGAGUUUUCAAUUGGUUCUGAUAAGUAAAUCGGAUCGUUUGGAUUUACCAGUAGAGCAGAAGAGUCAACUUAACGUUCUGAGAUUUACGGUUACAGCAGCUGGUUUGGCCGAUCAACUAAUGUCCAAAGCUAUUGUCUUACAAAAUGCCGAAUUGGAGCAGCAGAGGAUAGAGUUGCUUCAAAAGGAGGGAGAUCUUCUCAAGCAGCGAAUGGAAAUGCAGGACAAACUCCUCGAACAGCUCUCAAAAUCAGAAGGAGAUAUCCUACGAAAUGAACAACUUUUGGCUAGUUUGAAUGAGGUCAAACUAAGCAGCGCGCAAAUUGAUGAGGCUCUUAAACAAAGUGGAACAAUUAGGGAAACUCUUCUCGCCCAAUUUGGUUCCCUAAGGGAUCUCUGUUCCAAGGCCUCUGGAUUUUAUGCAGGUCUCAUUCAAGGUUAUGAGUUAUCUGCCUUGGUCUUUAUAGAACUAUUUUUGGGAGCACUUUCCAAAAAUCAGCGAGACGAGUCGAAGGUCUACGAAUUACUAGUGAGAAGUGUUUACAUGAAUUUAGCAAGAGCAACAUCCAGAGAAAGUCAGCAAUCCUUAUCCCUGUGGGUUUGUCAUCAGGCAUAUCCCGAUAAAUUAAGCACAAAAGAAUGGGAGUUGUUUGUGAACAAUUUCAUGGGAUCAUCAGAUGGCAGUUUGCUCUUAAGCCAGCUGGGAAAACUGCCCGACUGCAUGACCAAGGAGGCCCAAUUAAAGCUGGCUAUGUUGCUGCAAUUCUUUCCGGAUUUACGAAGCAAACUGCAGUUGGAAAAGGAUUAUAUCUGGCGAGGAUUUAUUGAGGCUCAAGCGGAUGAUGUGCUGCCUGCCUUGGGUUCCAGUUUCCAGCGCGUACUUAUUGCUCAGAUUUUCCGCCCCGACUUGAUGCUUCAUCAACUGCGAAAAGUGAGCAGUGAUCUGCUGGGAAUCUCCCCAGAUGCAUCUACACAACCCUCUGUGGAACAGUUGCUGCAACAAAGCAGCUGCGAUCGCCCCAUUUUAAUGAUUAGUCAGGCCGAAAAUGAUCCUACCACCGAGUUAAGAAAGUGGGCCAAUCAAAAGUACAGGGAAAUGGCCAUUGGAAAAGGUGCAGAGAAGAGAGUUCUUUCCGAAAUGCGACAGGCUGCCUUAGAUGGCCACUGGUUGUGUGUGAAGAAUGUCCAUCUGGUGCCCGAAUUCCUAACCCAAGUGGAAAGGGAACUGAGUGAAAUUCAAAAGUCAAAGGACUUUCGUUUGUGGCUGCUGUGUGAAUCCACUGCAGGAUUUUCCGAGUCUGCCAUCUUUAAAUGCCUUAAAGUGCGGUAUGAGCAACCCAAAGGACUCAAGCAAAUUGUUAUGCGUUUGCUUCAGAACUACGCAGCUGAACAAGAUCAAAGUUUCAAAAACCAGCCAAAGUCUCUCAAGAUGCGACUGGUUUAUUUUAUUCUGACGGCAGUACUCCAACAAAGGCGUCAAUUUAUACCGCAAGGUUGGUCGAAAUACUACGAGUUCGGUGAGGCGGAUCUCAAAGCGGCUUUGGGUAUUCUUAAAUGGAUGGAUCAGCAACUAAAUUCUGGAAAAUGCGAUUGGUUGCUCUUGCAACGUCUGAGUGAAGCUCUGGCUUUUGGUGGAAGAGUUAAUAACCUGAGGGACUUGGAGAUACUAAGAAGCUAUCUAAAUCAGUUUUGUUCGGCGGAUGUUUUGAGCAAUCGCUGGUCUCCACUUGGAUUAUCCCUAUCCAUACCCACCAGUAGUCAACUGCAAGACUACUAUGCAGCAUUGGAAAAGCUGCCCGAAAUAGAUGAGCCCAGUAUGUAUGGUUUGGCCAAUCAGGCACAACAACAACGUGAAAUUGAACAGGCUAAAAGAGUUAUCAAGGAACUAAGGGGUCUGCACUAUGGUAGCGGAUCAGCUGGGGAUUCAGGAGGAUCGGGACAAUCCAGAGGAAGUGAUCAACUCACUGAUCGUCAGAAGCUCGAGCAGCAAAUUAAACCACUUCUGAAUCUGUGGAGGAAACUAGCUGGGUCCUGUACAAUAAUGCAAACAGUUAAGGAGGCGAAAGCUGAAUCCGGGGAAUCCCCGUGGUCACUGUUUGUGCUGGCUGAAUUGAAAGUGGGUGCAGAUCUAUAUGGUAUUGUUCACCAGACUCUGUCCCAGAUGCAUGCUUGGCUCAAGGACUCGCAGGACGUGGAUGGCCGCACUCUGAGGGCCUUGGCAGAACAACAGAUUCCUGCCAGUUGGCUGAAAGUAUGGAGUGGUCCUGGUAGCAGCAGUGCCGUGGACUUUUUGAGAGCCCUCAUUAUUCGAGCCCAGGCUGCCGAGCUGCGUUUUCGGGAGCAACUGGCUCUGGAAUUCGGCGAGGAAAUCAAUCUGAUCCAAGUGUUUAACUGUGAGAACCUUUUGGCCUGCUUAAAGCUGCUGCAGUCUCGCAAGUUGGCCGUUUCAACGGAACGUCUGGAGCUCCAAACUUGUGGGCCACAAAAUUCGGAUGGCGAUUCCCUGGGAGCAAUUCUCAAACUGGCGCCUUUGAAGAUUGAUGGCGCCAAGAGUGGAAUGGAAAAAUCAAAUCCCUUUUACAUCAGCUACAAAAUAAAGGAAGAUGCUAAUAUUGCGAGUGCCAGUUCCUCAAAGUAUGGAAAAAAUUCUUUAUAUCCGACCCAAAGAAACGAAUCCAAUCCCAAGUUGCCCCUAUAUUCUCGGAGCAGUCGGGAUAAGUUGAUUUGCCACCUUAAUGUGGAUAUGGUGACGGGCACAUCGGAACAGAUUCUCUUGGCCGGAACCGCGCUGAUCGUCGAAGAUUACUAG